AUGUCGGCGCCCAAGAAAGCGAUCAACCUCCUCCGUGGCUGGCCGUCACCCAGCUUGCUGCCGGCCGGCCUUCUGUCGCAGGCGGCCCAGAGGAUCCUGGCCGAUCCGACCGUCUACACGCCCGUGCUGCAGUAUGGGCCCGAUUGCGGGUACGGUCCCCUCCGUGAAGGUCUCGCGUGCUGGCUGGGACGCCACUACCGUGUAGACCCAGACCCGGAGCGCAUUUCUAUUACGGGAGGUGCCAGCCAGAAUAUUGCGUGUGUGCUGCAGACCUUUACUGACCCCGUGCUCACCCGCGCUGUCUGGAUCGUCGCUCCAUGCUAUUACCUCGGCUGCGCCAUCUUUGACGACGCCGGUUUCCAGGGCCGACUUAAGGCCACACCCGAAGACGAAGAAGGCAUUGAUCUGGAUGCCCUGGAGAACAAGAUUCGCGCCCUAGAGGAGCAGGAGAAGGAUCUCCCCAAGUCUGAGCCCUUCAAAGAUGGAAGACUGGGAAGGAAGAUUUACAAGCACAUCAUUUAUGUUGUGCCGACUUGCUCUAACCCUUCUGGCAAGACCAUGUCUUUGCGCCGUCGCGAAGGUCUAGUACGUCUGGCCCGCAAGUACGACGCCCUCGUCAUUAGCGACGACGUCUACGACUUCCUGCAGUGGCCCACGGCACCAGGUGCCAAACUUCCGCCGGCGUCCGACGCACCCCCUGAGAUGCGCCUCCCGCGCCUAUGCGACAUUGAUCGCGCCAUGGAUGGCGCUGACCUCAAGGGCUUCGGAAACACCAUCAGCAACGGCUCCUUUAGCAAGAUCGCCGGCCCCGGUGUGAGGACGGGCUGGGCCGAAGCCUUCCCCGCGCUGAUCGAGGGGCUCAGCAUGACGGGAUCAACGAGGUCUGGCGGUUGUCCCAGCCAGCUGUCUGCUGCCAUCAUCAGCAGCCUCGUCAACAGCGGCGAGCUAGAAUCCUACAUUGACUCGACGACGCGGCCGGCGCUGCAGAAGAGACACGGCAUCAUGGUCGACGCCAUCCGCCAACACGUUUCCCCCCAUGGUGUCCGUGUGCGCGAAACGUCCCUGCUCGGAUCCGACAUAUACGGCGGCUACUUUAUCUGGUUCACCCUCGAGGAUGGGCUGUCAGCCAAGCUCGUUGCCGACGUCGCCAUGGAAGAGGAGAAUCUCAUUGUCGGGUCCGGCGACAUCUUCGAGGUCCACGGUGACGAGGACGGUGCCCGGUUCGACAGCGAGAUACGCCUGUGCUUCUCCUGGGUGGACGAGGAGGAUCUGAUCGAGGGCACCAAGCGCCUCGGCGAAGUCUUGGGGAGGAUACGCGACAACAGACAACAAUACGAGAGCCGAGGUCCUCGUCAGACAGAUCCAGAUUUCGUCAACUCGUUGAAAUAA